AGCCUCCCCUGCCCGAGAGAGCUGGUGCCUCACCCAACUACAAAUCCCAGCAUUCUCUAUCUUGGCAGCAAACGUGACCCGGGAGAAGGGAGGAGCCUUUCUGACUUGCCAAGCAUGUCGGCUGUGCUCCGGAGGAGCGGCUCUCUGCUGCCUUCCUUGGCCGGUUCCUUCGGCCGGGCGUCUGCCUUGCAGCAAAGCAGGAGCUGUUCAGGAUCUUCAGCUCAACCAGUAAUUUCAGCCAAGCAUCCCUUUCAAGUGGAAUUAAAACAAGGAAAGGGCUAUGCUUGGUGUGCCUGUGGCCACAGCCAAAAGCAGCCCUUCUGUGAUGGAUCCCAUAAAAGGAAUGCCCCGAAAAUUUCUCCCCUGAGAUUCAAAGCCGAGGAGACAAAAGAAGCCUGGCUCUGUGGCUGCAAGUGCACUAAGAACCCGCCGUACUGUGAUGGUACUCACAAGGAAGGUUUUGUGCAAAAUGCAGAGCUUCAUUCCCAACCUCAGAAGUGACGAGAAGCAGUCAAAAUCGUUUGAGGAAAUGUAAGCAAUGCAGAAGGAGACCAGCCUUGAGUGCCAGGCCCUGGUGCACUCUCUUGCACAAGUGCUCUCCUUGCACGGUUCCUGUUCAUUUCAAUGCAGUUUGUGGAGGAGCAUCUCCCAGCUUACUAUACCAUUGGUUGCCUUGGUGGAGACCAUUAAGCCUCAAUGACAUAGGCCAAUAUUGGCCGUCACUACAUGGAGCAGAGAAUAAAUUACAUUUUGUUGUUUGUCUAGGAGGUAUGAGCCAGUCUGAUUUCCUUUCAACACUUUUAAUAUGGCUGUAUUGUUGAAGUCACUUUUGGAGAACAAGGAUGAAAUACACCUCUUCCUCCCAUUUAGAAUUCAAAGUUAGAGUGUUCGUUUUUAAAAUUGAUUAAUUGGUGUUGGCUGCUAGAAUGGAAAUCAUUAUGUGUAGGCAUUGGGAAAACAUGCACUGAAUUGAUGUAAAACUUGUUCAUUUGUUAAUUAAAUAGUAAUUUUUGAAGAAAA